AGGACGUGAGUCGUAAGGAAAACUGACUGGGUCAUGAAGUUUAAGGCAACUGAGUAUUUUUUAACUGCUCUAACAAUGUUUACAAAGUUGCAGGAUAAUUGAGGUAGAGAUUGUUUACAGGGACUCAGAAAGAGUGUAAAUGCUUUCAUGUGACAUACUCUAUGCAGUGACAUUAGUGACUGAGGGAUGAUUUUAAAGUCAAUGAAGAACUUUGGAGGGAUGCGAUGUCACUGCAGAAGGUUCUCUCGGAGAGGAUCACUGAAGCCCGGGAGCUGCUGGAAAGGGCAGAAGCACUAUCCCAUUCCCGCGCAGGUGGGGUGCAAGGCGGGCCCAAGCUCUGCGGCAAACUGAAGGCUGAGCUGAAGUUCUUACGGAAAGUUGAAACGGGUAAAGUUUCGGUGAAGGAGUCACAUCUGCAGAGCACAAACCUCACCCACCUAAAGGCAGUCAUUGAAUCAGCCGAAAGCCUGGAGGAUGUGGUUAGCCUUUUGCAUGUAUUUAACUACCAGGAACACUCUGGGGAAAAGCAGUCCCUGGUGGUGGACGUCGUGGCAAAUGGUGGACUUACCUGGGUGAAAGCUAUUGGACGGAAAGCCGAGGCACUGCACAGUAUCUGGGUGGGGAGGGGCCAGUAUGGUGACAAAAGUAUUGUCGAACAAGCAGAAGAUUAUUUGGAAGCCAGCAAGCAGCAAUUGGUGCAGUACAGUAAUCCACAUGUUGUGUUUGCAUUUUAUAAUGGCAUUUCAAGCCCCAUGGCAGAGAGACUGAAAGAAAUGGGGCUGUCUGUGCGAGGGGAUAUAGUUGCAGUGAAUUCAAUGAUUGAUUUCAUGGAGGAAGGUGGUAACUCGAGUGAUUCUGAAGAAGAUCUUGAGGAACCUUUACAGGUGACAAAAGUAGACCGUUCUACAAUUGUCGCCAGUGUUGCCUUCCCCACUGAAGUUAAAGUGGAUUUCUGCAAUCGUGUCAAUUUAGAUAUAACCACCCUGAUCACCUUUGUUUCAGCGGUAAGUCACGGAGGCUGUUACUUCAUCUUUAAGGAGAAAGUGCUGACUGAACAAGCUUCUCAGGAAAGGGAGGAGAGUGUCUUGCCCAAACUACAAGCCUUCAUGAAGGACAAAGAACUGUUUGCCUGUGAGUCAGCGGUGAAAGAUUUUCAAGCAAUUUUGGAAACAUUAGGCGGCCCAGGAGAAAAGGCUCGGGCACGAAAGCUGCUGCAGGGAAUCACGAUCGUGCCGGAUCAGCCUUCUGACCGUGCCUCCAAACUGGAAGCCAGUGCAAAAAUUAACAGUCGCUCUAUUACAAUUUUUGGUACUGGAGAUGCUUUAAAGGCAAUCACAAUGACAGCAAACAGUGGGUUUGUUCGAGCUGCAGACAAUCAAGGUGUAAAAUUCAGUGUAUUUAUCCACCAGCCGAGAGCUUUGACAGAGAGCAAGGAAUCAACAGCAACUCCUUUACAUACUUUUCAUGGGAAUCUUGGAUGAUGACUUAGUAAUAUAAAACAAUCUCUUCUAAUCGAAUAUUUACAAUGUCAUGUCUUAAAGAUUGUGGGGUUAUUUUAAUGGUGGGAGUUACUGCAGAACUAGCUGCCUCUCAUACAUCUCAUCCCAGUUUUCCUUUUCAUUGAUGCCAAAUCCUGGGGGCUGUAUAAGAAGUGGUCAGUGGAUGUUGAUGGUUUUGCUCCCUCACUGGAAAAUUGCCCACCAGAUUUUUAAAAUGCAAACCAAAAACAAAGCAACAAUAAAUGCAUAUUCAGAUUAGCAACUGUAGGACAUUUUUGGUAGUUCUUGAUUUUUCAUUUAGCCAUCGUGUAUUUGCUGCCAUUAUAGCACUCAACCUAUUGAAAAAUUAGUAAGUGUACAAAUCAAGUAAUCCUUUUCAGUGCAAGUGACACAUCUACUAUGUUGCUGAAGCCUACAAGCAUGUCUGCAGGGGGACGAAAAGCAAAUGACUAUGCAAAAGGGAUUUUAAAAAAAUACGGUGAGUUAUCUCAAAAGAUGCUUUGGUGAUGGUUAACCAGAUUAGAGAGUGCUUUAAAUGAUUUUACAAUUUCUGAUGGAAACAAAAGUUCUUGAGUCACUUUCUAUAAUUCAAAAGCCAACACUUGUUGAGUUUCAGGUGGCUUUGCAAAUGGUUGAUAAAGGCAGUAAUGAUUUAGGGAUCCAGUAACAUGCAGGUUAGUUUCCUAAACCUGAGUGUGGUCACUGCCUUGAGAGUUUGAUUCAUGUUGGUGUGCUGUCUAUCUGCUAGGUAUAAGUAUGGAUAAGUAGGUGCAAUUACAAUUCAUUUUCUUCUUUCUAGAAUCUAAAAGACAAACUGGAGCAAAAAAGAAAAGUUUCAGGCAAAGGAUUAAUAAUCUGAUUUGGAGGAUUACAAAUACACUGCAAGGAAACUGGCAAGUGUUGAACUGAAGGUGUGGAGUGGGAAAGGUUGUGUGGGUCAGGUGCUGCAAAAUUAUAGAAGGAAAAUAAAGACAGGGUAAAACCUUUCUCAAUAAAAGGAACAAACUUCAUCUCUUUCAGUUCAUGUAUUUUAGGAGCAAGGUUUUUAUGGUUGCUAGAGUUAGGAAUAAGGAUUUAUUUGGAGUGGAUUUAGCUUCCAUAAUGAUGGCAUCAUUUGUUUCCAAUGUGUACAAUAAAGUUUAUCUCG